AUGGCUUAUUUUCGAGGUUUGCAGAAAAGCGCUCUCACAGCUGAAUCCCAUUUCAUGAAAGAUCUGGGUUUGGACAGUUUGGACCAAGUGGAGAUCAUCAUGGCUAUGGAAGACGAAUUUGGAUUUGAAAUUCCUGAUGCAGAUGCAGAAAAGUUAAUGUGUCCACAGGAGAUUGUAGAUUACAUUGCAGAUAAGAAGGAUGUUUAUGAAUAAAAACAGUUCUUCAAAGCAAAGAGAUGUCUCUACCACUACGACUGGGCAGAUGUCAGCAGAUAUGAAUAUAAGCGCACAUGCUGUACUGUUGCUGCUUUCAUUAGAAAGUUGUACUGGAAAGUUGUAUUGGACAUUGUAUUUAAAGUUGUCUGAAUAUGUUGACCUUUAAAAACAGGGAGAAAAAAAGGAAUAAAUAUACAAGACCAGUGUUGCGUUGAUGGCCUUCUGUUUCGCAUCCGGUGCCAGUGGCCCACUGUGCUUAGCGUUCAGUGUAUGCAAGACCUCAGCAUUAGCUAUAGCGACUCCAUUCCAAAUGUCUCGCAGGCACUGAGGUGCUCUGCUCCCGUUACUGAGUCUUCGGCCUCUGAGUGCAGAACACUGGGAAAGGUCUCGGUCCAUAUCUUCACGCUCUGCAUCUGACCACUGACAACUCAGCCUGCUGUUCAGAUCAGGGCAACAGCGAGUCCCUGGCCAGUUUGAGUGUUACCUCUUGUUAGAAAGAUGCUUUACACUGGGAAUUUCCUAUUUGUGCUGCACACAGGAAAAGUUGAAACCAAGAACCCCACCAAGUACAAAAGGCUGUAUUGCACAGGUGCAGCUAGAGAAACCUAUGGCAGAGAAUAUAUGUUUUGAAGAAAUGUUAGUUGUAGCAAUUUCUUUAAAAGUACUGCUCUCUGCUGCCUUGAACCCUUGCUGCAGGACGAAUUAGUCUUCGUUUUGUCAAAGACUCGGGAGGUAAUGUAUUAAAUCAUCUGGCUUCUGUUCUAUCUGCCAUUCUUUAAACACGUGUCUGCUGGUUCAUCUUAACGCUUAGGCCUCCCAUCCUCAGACCAGUCCUGUGUAAUGUUAAAAUAACUGCUGAGCCCAAUGUAAGAUUUUGAAUUUAGUACUAAAAAAACACUUUCCUGACUCAAAUUCACAGAGCUGCUUCUAUGAGUAAUUGUCUUUACUAGAAAUGCCCCUCUUCUGUAACAGAGGCUUUUGCCAACUUCUUACCAUUUGCUCAGUGCAGGCCUGUUACCUUGUAGGAUAAAAGCAUCACGUAGCAACCAAGCAAACUGAAAGUUGGUUGGGGAUUGCUCGGCGCCGAGUGUUGCCGUUCGUCGUGGCUGUACCUGCGUGUAAGCGCUAGCACCACCUGUACAGCUCGUGCCACCGACCUCAAAGCUUUGCACCCUGUGCUGCUGGGGUGGUCAUGUUUUCCAUGAUCUCAUUGCUUGUAUUGUCUGCUCUUUCCAAUAAACCAACCUUUUUCUA